CUUAAGGCGGAAUACACACAAGAACGGACACUUCUGCAUCGAUCUUCAUCAACAUGACAUUCUUUAUUUGCAUUGUUGUCUUUUGCCUGUCUGUAUUUUUAAUGGAGGCGCAGGGCACGUAUGGCCCUUACGCACGGAACCAGAACCAGCUGUACCCGCACCGGCAGAGAUCUCACCUCCCCCCCAAUAUUCCUGGACACGGCAACUCCAUCAACUUUGGAACUCAUGGCUUUAAUCACAGGUUUUACAGCUAUCAUCAUCGCAACCCUCAUCAACAUCAUCACCAGCGGCCGCCCUGGAAGGGUCCUCCCUUUAUCCACCACCGUCCUGUCUUACCUGUCCAGCCCAUCUCACCUGUCCAACCUGUCCGGACAGUAGUGCCCACUCUGCCCAGAAUGCCAGUGGUGUUACCUGCCCCUACAGUGCCCAUGCCACUCACCACGGUAGCCACCCUCCCCCCGCCACCUCCAACACAGACUGCAACCACUACAACCACCCCACAGCCGGUCAGUACCCCUCGUGGCACAACUGCUGCCCCUGCCGAACCUCCCACUGACCCAGCUCCAGCAGAGCUUUGCAAGAGCCGUCCUCUAGACCUGGUUUUUAUCAUCGACAGUUCUCGUAGCGUCCGUCCUGCAGAGUUCGAGAAGGUCAAAAUCUUCCUCUCUGAAAUGGUCGACUCUCUAGAUAUCGGAUCGGACGCCACACGAGUCGCCCUGGUCAACUACGCCAGCACCGUCAACAUUGAGUUCCUCUUGAAAAAGUACUUUAGCAAGGCUGAGGUCAAGCAGGGCUUCUCACGUAUCGAUCCGCUCUCAACGGGAACCAUGACUGGCCUGGCCAUCAAAACCGCCAUGGAGCAGGUUUUUACAGAGACUGCUGGGGCCCGGCCCCUAAAAAAGAACAUCGGUAAAGUGGCCAUUAUUGUGACCGAUGGGAGGCCGCAAGAUAAAGUUGAAGAGGUGGCAGCAGCAGCAAGGGCUUCUGGGAUUGAAAUAUACGCCGUUGGAGUGGACAGAGCAGAAAUGCGGUCUCUUAAACUGAUGGCCAGUCAGCCUCUUGAUGACCAUGUGUUCUAUGUGGAAACAUACGGCGUGAUUGAGAAACUCACAUCCAAGUUCAGGGAGACACUCUGUGCUGAUUUUGCAGGUUUCGACGCCUGUGCACUUGGGCACAACUGCGAACAUAUUUGCGUCAACAACAAUGCUUCUUAUUUCUGCAAGUGCAGAGAGGGAUAUGUUAUCAACUCUGACAAGAAAACAUGCUCUAAGCAGGCCAACGAAGAGGCCAGAGGAGAUCUGACCGAGAAUGCCUGCAUGUGUGAGGCUCAAAUGGCCUUUCAGAGGAAGGUUCACACCAGCAUACAGACCCUCACCAGCAGACUGGAUGACAUCACAAACAGAGUGCAGCAGUUUGAUCUCCGUCAAGCCUAGAGUGGAGAAUGGGACCCAAAACAAAAAUCUUUAUUUAAUCACUCAUUGUAGCAUUCCUCCCUUUGUUUGUUUAAUCCGAUAAAUGUCUUGUUUCAAAUUGCGCUUAUUAUAGAUUUCAUUAUGUUCCGAGUAUGAUCUUUGAGUUAUCAACAUAUAUCAUGUUGACACAAAGUGUUACCGGAAAUUGUUUUGCAGAAUAAAUUUACUUUUAUUUUGGAAACAAAUAGUAAAAGUAAAUACAUAUAAAUGAUGGUAAUAUGUAAAGUAUAUGCACAUUAUUUUAUAUUGUUCUUUAUCUUGGAUACUUGUACAAAUACAUAUGAACAAAUAAAAUAUAC